AUGCUCAUCCCAUCUCGGCUCGCCACCCUCACCCUCCUCGCCGUCCUCGGCGCAGGUGCCGUGACCGCCGUUCCCUUCGACUUCUCAAAGGAGACGCUCGUCAAGGCGAUCCUCAACAACAAGCUCGACGAGUUCUACGAGAUGUACGCCCAUCGAUUCGGCCGGGAAGCGCGCGAACUGCCCAACGUCGAUGCCCAGUUCCUCCCCGCCGAGGGCACCGAGCGGUUCGAGGUGAUGCGAGACGCCCUGCCGCACUGGUACCCGACCCACGUCGCUUUCGGCCGCUGGCUCAACUCGCCCGAAGGCUGGCAGUACCGCGACCAUCUUCGCCACACGAUCGGGCUGCGCGUCGAAGAGAUGUGGCCUGGCGUCUUCGACCGCGAUGCUGCCCAGACUGCUUCGCAGGCAAGCACUAGCCGAGGCAGGAAACGACCUGCUUCCUCCAGGCAGUAG